CACGUCUGCCACAGAGAGUCAGACGACUUCUUCAGUGCUAAGAUUUCAUUCACCAUUGAAAGGUUCCGCCAGCGUCCACAAUGCAGUGCGUUUAUAUUGCAGUCUUCUGCCUACUGGCCCUGAGUAUUCAAACAGGUGCCGGGUUAAGGUGUUGGUCGUGUGCUUCGAGCUCAGAUCGGCACUGUGGGGAUCCAUUCAACAAGACCUUCUUCCACUUGAGGGACUGCGACAGCGACCGUUCUCCCCAAACUUAUAAUCGGCUCACAACCCCCGUGUGCAAAAAAUUAAAACAGCUCUCUAAUGAACAGGAGGUGAUUGAGAGGACAUGUGUGUGGAAUAAGGAAACAGCAUGCGCCCCAUCAUCUGUCCACACCUCUGUCAAAGAUGUGUUCUGUGAGACAUGUGCUGAGGAUGGCUGCAAUAGUGCAGAAAGAUUUGCAUCAGCCACUUUGAUGGUACUCCUACCAACCUUCUUGUGGGCACUUGCUGCUAAAUUUCUCUGACUUCCCUUAUAUUCACAUUUUAAUUGCAGUAACACAUUUGUUGUACACAUAUUGUAAAUUAAAAUGUUUGGGUACAAUUCUAAUACUAAUGACCUCUUAAUAGUCAGAUCAAAUGAUAUAUGGUAUAAUAAUAGUACCCACUUCACAGGGGCACAGAAUUUAACUAAAUUAACUUAGAGUACAAUUUUUAAUAUAUAUAUAUGAAUUUGUACAAACUCAUAUGUAUUUCUUCUUUUGAAAAUUUACAGUUGUGUUUACAGAAGUUUGUUUAUUGGUUAUUUGUUUAGGUUUCUUUACAAAAAAUGUAAAUAAGACUGUUACACUAUCCAUAAGGUUGGAAGGGUUUAUGAGUUUAGUGAAACACGUAUAUAAUCUAAAAUAAAUUAUAUGAAAGGGCUUUUGGUUAGUUAACAUCAUAGCAUUUUUCUAAAACCAAUUAACCAUUUCCUAGUACAGUUACUGAUGGCAGAGUAAAUUUUCACCAUGAAAAGACCUCUUCAUAUGAUUAUGACUGUAUUUUAGAUCUCAAUUAAAUGGAUUUAAACUGGAUGUAAGAAACAAAAUACUGUGGCAGAUAGACAUGCUUGUAAUUAUUCCUAUUACAUUACAGAAUAAUUAUAUUUUUGCACUUGACCUAACUAAUUUAAAACCUGAAACAAAAAUUAAACUAAAAUAAAAAGGUACAUAAGUAAUGGAGGCUUAUAGUGUAACAUGACAUAAUUUAAACAGAAGUAUCAUAGAGUAAUCCAUGCUAAUCCAGAAUGUACAACUUCAGAUACCAAAAACAUACCUUCACUUAAUACUAUGUGUAAGCUGAAAUAAGUCCUCAAAUGGACAUGAUUUGUGUCAUAAUUUUAAGAGUUUAGAUGAGAACUUUAUUCUGAAAUAAUCUUGCUCACAUGUUAGGAUAAUAAAAAAUCAUAUAAAAGACUUCUACAUAUGUCUUCAGCUGAACAAAAAUUUUGAGUGUAUAUUAUCCUAAUAAUUUAAUAUUUAAAUCAAUAAAAUAGGUAUAUUUUACAAGAAAAGUACUGUAUAUACUAUUACCAGGAGUGGCACACCACUGCUUAGGGAUGUCUUGUGCCUGCCACUUACAUUACUCAUGGCAACAUGUAACAUAAAUUUCUCAUAAAAAUGCACUGUGAUCCUACAAUCAGAGAUCAUGAAAUAAAGUUAAUGCAAGUAGAAUCAUAAUUACAAGACUGAAAUCGGAAGUUAAUACAUAUUAGGGACUGACAUCUUUACUCAAUAAAUUACCUUUUAGAAAUUUUUAAGAAAAGUGUCAACAAUUUUUCACCAAGGAACAUUAACCUACUUAUCAUUUGUAUUCUUAAUUAAAUUAUACAUUCUAUUUUGUUACUUGAAGAAAAUGUAUACAUUUUCAUAACUUCUGAGCUGUUUUUAAGGAGAGUAACUUAAUAAAAAAAGUUGCUAAGAUUACUGUAUAAACAUCACUGUACAUUGAGUUAGAAUAAUGAUCAUAUGCAACUUGGUGUAAGCCACUGAGUUUUGAAAGAAGUGGUUUCCAUGACUUCAUUUUUAUCAUGUGUCCGUCCAUUUGUAGGUUAGAAAAUGCUUUUUUAAAACUUUUCUCUUAAUUUUAUCCUACUGGAUCUGUAGUAAACUUAUGUAUUAUAGAAGCAGUAUUGUAAGGACAAUUAUGUAAUACUGAAAUAAAAUAUUUUAAAAUGUU